GCCCGGGGCGGCUAAAGCGACGUGUCCUUGUCCCCCGUGGGCAGCCCCGGCGCGUGCAGCUGCGGAUCUCCAGUUCCGAGGGCCUCCCUGAGAGCCACCCCCCGCGGAGACAACUAGCCUGGAGCCAUGAAGACCAAGAACCGGCCCCCCAGGCGCCGGCUGCCCCUGCAGGACACGGAGGCCACCGCAGGGGAACGGACCCCGGACAGGCCCCAGCAGGGCUCGGGGCUGGAGCUGGCCAAGGGCCUGCGGAGCAGGGCGGCGCGGGCGGAGGGCGGGCGCCGGCGGCCGGGGCCCUCGGGGCCCGGCGGCCGGCGGGAGAGCAGCGUCCAGCGGCGGCUGGAGAGCAAUGAGCGGGAGCGGCAGCGCAUGCACAAGCUGAACAACGCGUUCCAGGCGCUGCGGGAGGUCAUCCCGCACGUGCGGGCUGACAAGAAGCUCUCCAAGAUCGAGACGCUCACGCUGGCCAAGAACUACAUCAAGUCGCUGACCUCCACCAUCCUGACUAUGUCCAGCGGUCGCCUGCCAGGCCUGGACGGGCCGGGCCCCAAGCUCUACCAGCACUACCAGCAGCAGCAGGUGGCCGGGGGCGCGCUGGGGGCCACCGAGCCCCAGCCCGAGGGCCACCUGCAGAGGUACUCCACGCAGAUCCACAGCUUCCGAGAGGGCUCCUAGCGCCUGGCCUGGGGGCCGGCGGCCGGGCCCGCUCCUCCCGGUCCUGCUGCCUCCGCGCCGAGAGCCCCAGCUUGGUGGUGACACCCCGCGUGGACGUGGGCCCCGGCGGCGGCUCCGUUUUCCCUGAACGCUCAGCUGCCCUCUGCGGAGCACGUCCUGGCCUCUAGGGGCCAAGACCAGUGAGUGGCCUGGUCCAGGCCAUGGCUCUGGGCCACGUGAGGCCCAAAGCUCCACAGAGGUCCCAGGACCUGCUUUUUAAUGGACUAGGGCCCCACUGGACAGGCCUUUGUAACUAAAUUCUCUUCACUCCCAACUCCCUCCUGAGGCAAGGCGAGAUUCCAGGAAAAGGUCAGCCUGGGUAAGUCUCCCCCAGUAACUGCGGAGGCCCAGGCCCCGGAAGGGUCCUCCUCCAGCCUGCGAUGUAGCCUCCUCGUUCGGGGUAAACUGAGGCACAGAGCGAGCAGAGCCCACGGCCACGGAGUGUGGCUAAGCAGACAUGAUUGAUGCGUGUAAUUCAGCAUGUGUCAGAUAGAAACCCCCAAACCCCUAGAAAUACUAAUCCGAUUACCUCAAAUUAAUUCUAAAGAGACCUUGGCGGGAAGAGCGGCUCGGACCUUUUCCUACCUCCGCCUGGGUGGGGGCUCCUGACUGUGGAGGGGAGCGCGGCCUGGCGCUGCGGGGCCGGAGACAGGUCCGGGAGGGAGGCUGGGAGUCGCUGCCUCCCUCUGCGUCCCACCCAUCAUACUGGUCACUGCCGGGGUCAUUUCAGUGGCAGAGGACGGUCUGACAGACCUUCCGGGUGUUCUUGGGCCCUGCUUGGAGCCGGGGGCCCGGCAGGGCUCCUCCGUGGGAAGGAGCCUGGGAUGGCAGGAGCUGCCCUCCCCCACCUGGUGCUGCUCCUUCAGGGCAGGCCCGGGCAGUUCGCCAGGUCCCCUGGCUGCCUCGGGCCAAGCUUCCUUCUGUGGCGACAGGCUUGGCGACUUCGCUCUCAACGCCCCCUGGCACCUCUCCUCCCUCAUCCCUGUGCCUCAGGCAGGAACCCCAGUGACAGGGGCCGUGGUGAGGGUAGGGGUGGCCUGGCAUCUGAGGCCAGAGCUGUCCCCGAGGCGCCGGGGGGCCAAGCCCCUCCUGGGUGGGAGCCCGAGCAGCGCGGGAGCAGGGCUGCCCCAGCGGAGGGCCGCCUCCCGCCCUCCCAACCCCGGUGGUCCCAGCCCCAGCCGCUUAAUCCACUGCCAGGCUUGGCGUCAGCAUCAAGGACGGCAGAGAGCCGAACAGCCAUUAGCCGCGUCGGUCCUCACUUUCCAGGUCAGGCACUGGCUGGACCCUCCGCGGGCCCCAUGCCAGGCCCUCUGGAGGGUGGCCCUGGGAGGCCUGGUCUGGCCGCAGCCAUCCUUCAGCAUGGUCAGGUGGGGACCCAGGUGCUCCUGGCCUGCCCCUCGGAGGCGGCCACUCGGGAAAGUCCGUGGUCAGGACAUCCUGCCCAUGGGAGCCAGGGUCGGGGGCCGCUGGGAGCUCGGGACUGAUGGGGCCCAUGCUCCCCGUGGGUGCCCUGCUGGCCGGGACCCAGCGCAAGGCCUGCAGAGCUCAGUGCAACCCCCGAACUGGCUGAAGGAACCGACAGACUGAGCUGAGGGCACUGGGAGUGGGGGGGGCGCCCAGCAGAGGCUCUGUCCGGGAGACCGUGCCCGAUGACCAGGGGUGGUGUGAGGGUCUGUGGGUCACCACCUUGCGGAUGACAGCUUUCAGAGCUCCUUCUGUCCCAAACUGGCACCUGCAUCCACUCUGCUUCCCAGAGGGUGACCUGGGCCCAGAUGUCUGGUCCUUCUUCCCCUGUGGCCUCAUCACAAAAGACCCUUAAAGGUCCCAGUCGAGCUCUGGGGUGUUAAAUAUGGGGGGCAGGGGAGGGGAAAGGUCUGGUGACGGGCCAGUGAGGCCUGCUGCUGGGUCUGCUCCCUCGGCCUUUGUCUUGGGCCCUCCUGCCCUGCAAGGGCGCCCAAAGCCAGCGACCCCCUAGCCCUGGGCCUCACACCGACCUGCCGACCAGACCUGCUGCAUGAGCUCUGGCGGCUGAGAUCCCCGCGGACUGGAGCCGAGAAACCAGAACUGCGACUUCUCUGUGUGGGAAAACCUACCCGGAACUGAAUGGCCAGUGCCCCUGCUGUAAUUGUGGUAAAAAUGUUUCUUAAGUGACCCAAAUCUGCUUUGAUUUCUCCUAAUGGUCCCUUCAGAGUACUAAUGAAACCAAUGCUGUGUCAUAAAACAAAAUUAAAAGAUUCUACCACGACUGCUACUGUGGCCCCGGGCUGGACACUCAUGGGGAACUGUGCGUUUUCAUCACAAGGUAGCAAUAAAAAAACUGGCACGU